AGACCAUCCACGACAUCCUCAGUCCCCAGGCCGAAACCACAAAUCGAACCCAUCACCUCAGCUCAGCAUACCGAACUUCUUGCCUCACGACGCCAUGAUCGACCCGUCAGUCCCCAUCUCUCGAUCUACGAGCCACAAAUCACAUGGUACUCGGGCGCGCUGAUGCGCAAUUGCUCCAUGCUGAUCGCGGCGCCGGUGUAUAUCUUCGGGGCGGCGUACCUAGUUUCGCCGCUCAUGGGGUGGCAUCUGGUAUGGUGGAGUGGUUCGGCGCACUGCCUGCUGGCGCAAGGUUCGCGGUCAAGGCGGUGUUCGGGUGGUCGUUUAUGUUCCAUGUCAUCCAUGGAAGUAGGCAUUUGAUUUGGGACACGGGCGCCAUGCUUACCAAUAGACAAGUGCAGGUGUCGGGAUGGGUAGAGUUGGGGCUCAGUGUGGUGGCGACAAUGGGGUUGAUGUAUUUGUGA